AGGAUGGUAGACCUGGAGAAUGAGGUUCCUCCGCUUCCUCCAAGAUACAGGUUCCGGGAUUUGCUACUGGGAGAUCAGGGAUGGCAGAACGAUGAUAGAGUACAAAUUGAAUUCUACAUGAAUGAAAAUACCUUUAAAGAGAGGUUAAAACUAUUUUUCAUCAAAAACCAAAGAUCAAGCCUGAGAAUUCGCUUAUUCAAUUUUUCACUCAAACUUUUAAGCUGCAUGCUAUAUAUAGUUCGAGUCCUCCUGGAUGAUCCACAUCAGCAACAUGGAUGGUCACUUAUUAUCUGGGUGAAUCGAAGCUUACCUUUGUGGGGACUGCAGGUAUCAGUGGCUUUAAUAAGUCUGUUGGAAACUACACUUCUGAGCUAUCUCAGUUAUAAAGGAAACAUAUGGGAACAAGUUGUACGAAUUCCUUUUCUGCUGGAAAUCAUCAAUGCUAUUCCUUUCAUCAUUACAAUUUUCUGUCCUGCAUUAAGAAAUUUAUUUAUCCCAGUGUUUUUAAAUUGUUGGCUUGCCAAACAUGCUUUGGAGAAUAUGAUUAAUGAUCUUCACAGAGCCAUCCAGCGGACCCAGUCUGCAAUGUUUAACCAAGUUCUGAUUUUAAUAUCUACAUUGCUGUGUCUUAUCUUUACUUGUAUUUGUGGAAUUCAGCAUCUGGAACGAGCAGGAAACAAGCUGACUCUCUUUGACUCCCUCUAUUUCUGCAUAGUGACGUUUUCCACUGUAGGCUUUGGGGAUGUUACUCCCAAGAUCUGGCCUUCCAAAUUGCUGGUUGUCAUUAUGAUCUGUGUUGCCCUUGUAGUAUUACCAAUACAGUUUGAGCAACUGGCUUAUUUGUGGAUGGAAAGACAAAAAUCAGGUGGAAAUUAUAGCCGACAUAGAGCUCAGACCGAGAAACAUGUUGUUUUGUGUGUCAGUUCUCUUAAGAUUGACCUGCUUAUGGAUUUUCUGAAUGAGUUCUAUGCUCAUCCUAGGCUCCAGGACUACUAUGUGGUUAUAUUGUGUCCCACUGAGAUGGAUGUUCAGGUUCGAAGAGUACUUCAAAUUCCAAUGUGGUCCCAAAGGGUUAUCUACUUGCAAGGUUCAGCUCUGAAGGAUCAAGACCUCCUGAGAGCUAAGAUGGAUAAUGCAGAGGCCUGUUUUAUUUUAAGCAGCCGUUGUGAAGUGGACAGAACUGCAGCGGACCAUCAAACCAUUUUAAGAGCUUGGGCAGUUAAAGAUUUUGCUCCAAAUUGUCCACUGUAUGUUCAGAUACUGAAGCCUGAAGAUAAGUUUCAUAUUAAAUUUGCAGAUCAUGUUGUAUGUGAAGAGGAAUUUAAAUAUGCAAUGUUGGCUUUAAACUGUAUUUGCCCAGCUACAUCAACACUUAUCACCUUAUUAGUUCAUACUUCAAGAGGGCAAGAAGGCCAACAGUCACCAGAACAGUGGCAGAAAAUGUAUGGGAGAUGCUCUGGGAAUGAAGUGUAUCACAUUAACUUGGAGGAGAGUGUGUUUUUUGCUGAGUAUGAAGGAAAGAGUUUCACAUACGCAUCUUUCCAUGCGCACAAAAAGUUUGGUGUUUGUUUAAUCGGUGUUAGAAGGGAAGAUAACAAAAAUAUUUUGCUGAACCCAGGCCCUCGGUAUAUUAUGAGCUCUUCAGACAUAUGUUUUUAUAUUAACAUCACAAAAGAAGAAAAUUCUGCUUUUAAGAAACAAGAGCAGCAUCGGAAAAAUCACUCAUCAAGGUUGUUUUAUCACGGUCCUUCUCGGCUGCCAGUGCACAGCAUAAUUGCUAGUAUGGGAACUGUUGCUAUAGAUUUGCAAGAUACAGGCUGCAGAUCUCCAAAUGCAACUACCUUAACUCUUCCUUCGGAAGCAGCCAAAACAGGCAGAAGACCCAGCAUUGCACCUGUUCUGGAAGUUGCAGACACUUCAGCGCUUCAUAGCUGUGAUCUCUUAAGUGACCAGUCAGAAGAUGAAACCACGCCCUCUGAUGAAGAAGUUUUGAAUGGUCUGGAGUAUUUAAAAGGCUAUCCCCCUUACUCACCUUAUAUAGGAAGUUCUCCUACCUUCUGCCAUUUGCUCCAUGAAAAAGUGCCAUUUUGCUGUCUCAGAUUAGAUAAGGGAUGCCAGCAUAACUACUAUGAAGAUGCCAAAGCUUAUGGAUUCAAAAACAAAAUCAUUAUAGUCGCUGCAGAGACUGCUGGAAAUGGACUCUACAACUUUAUUGUUCCUCUCAGGGCUUAUUACAGACCAAAGAAAGAGCUCAAUCCGAUUGUCUUGCUGCUGGAUAACCCGCCAGAUAUGCAUUUUCUGGAUGCAAUCUGUUGGUUUCCAAUGGUUUACUACAUGGUGGGCUCUAUUGACAAUCUAGAUGAUAUGCUAAGAUGUGGUGUGACAUUUGCUGCCAACAUGGUUGUGGUGGACAAGGAAAGCACUAUGAGUGCUGAAGAAGAAUACAUGGCAGAUGCUAAGACAAUUGUAAAUGUACAAACCCUCUUUAGGUUAUUCUCCAGCCUGAGCAUAAUUACUGAAUUAACUCAUCCUGCCAACAUGAGAUUCAUGCAGUUCAGGGCCAAAGACUGCUAUUCUCUUGCUCUAUCAAAAUUGGAGAAGAAAGAACGAGAGAAAGGUUCCAACCUGGCAUUCAUGUUUCGAUUGCCCUUUGCUGCUGGCAGAGUUUUCAGUAUCAGCAUGCUGGACACCUUGCUGUAUCAGUCAUUUGUUAAGGAUUACAUGAUCUCUAUCACUAGACUUCUGCUGGGACUAGAUACGACACCAGGAUCUGGGUUUCUCUGUUCUAUGAAAAUCACAGAAGAUGAUUUGUGGAUCAGAACUUAUGCCAGACUUUAUCAGAAGCUGUGUUCUUCAACUGGAGAUAUUCCUAUAGGAAUCUAUAGGACCGAAUCACAGAAACUAGUGACCUCUGAGUCUCAAAUUUCCAUCAGUGUGGAAGAAUGGGAGGACAUCAAGGACAAUAAAGAACAAUUUAACUACCGUAGCAACCACCGUAACUCAACAUCAAGUGAUCAGUCAGAUCAUCCUUUGUUACGACGAAAAAGUAUGCAGUGGGCUCGGCGGCUUAGUAGAAAAGUGCCAAAGCAUUCAGCAAAAACAGCAGAGAAAAUAAGUCAGCAGAGAAUGAAUCUUUACAGAAGGUCAGAAAGACAAGAACUUGCUGAACUGGUGAAAAACAGAAUGAAACAUCUGGGACUCUCAACAGCAGGAUAUGAUGAAAUGAAUGAUCACCAAAACACCCUUUCAUAUAUUCUGAUCAAUCCUUCUCCAGACACACGACUUGAACUGAAUGAUGUUGUAUACUUGAUCCGCCCAGAUCCAUUGUCAUAUGUUCCAAACAGUGCAUCUAGCCAGAAAAACAGCUUCUGCAAUGCCAUUGGGCAAGACACCAGAGAAGAAACACAACUUUGAUACAUUACAUGGUUCACUGAUGGAAAGACAUUUUUAUACAAAUAACUGUUCUGGAAUUUAGUGAUGAUGAAUUUAGUAUAACUGGACUUUUCUGAGAACUGGCAUAAAAUGGUCAAUGGAUGUUAAUAGAACAACUGCUUUAUUGAAGUUAUAGGAAUGAUUCUGAAAAGCUGUCUAAGAUUUUUCAAUAAUUGCUUAGAUCCUGGAACUAAAAUUAGCAGAACUAUGAAAAGUCUAAGCUAGUAUGCCAUGGUUUGCUAAUAGAAAAUAGAAAAAAAGAUGAUGUGCUCAAAAUCUUGUUUCCUAUCUUGGUUUUAAUUAGCCAUUGUGCAGCCAUGACUUAUUCUUGACCACAAUAUAAUAGUGCAUAUUGUAAGUUCUGCAUCCCAGACUUAAAAAGUUAUGGUUCUUGCAAAUAAAAUGAUAAUAUAAGGAAGACUCAGACAAGUCCUUUUUCUACUAUCUUAAAACUAGAAUUCCAGAUGAAUGCUCAGUAAGUUUGUUGCUUGCCUAAGCAACACUUUGAGCAAUAAUAAUCAGCUGUGUAUUUCUAUUGCCUACUUUAGUCCAUUGUAUUUUUAUACAGCACAUAUAAUUUUUCCAGAAUUUUUAAUCCCAUGCUAUUUUCAAACCAUUGUUUGUUUAGAUUUGACACCUCUUCCUCACUCAGUAUUAAAAUGUUUACAGCAAGUAUACAUUCCACAAAUGGAAAAAUGGAAACUGGAUCCCAAAUACUAAGAAUCUAAAGAAAAUGGUGUGGAAACCAAUUGGCUUUAAAUAUUGAUCAAAUCUGUACAUUAAGAGGGAGGAGCUUGGAAGCUUUUGUAGGAUUCAUUUAAAAUACCAAGCUAUUUUGAAAGAAAAAUGUUUUUAUUUGUGAGUGCAAUACCUAUAACUGAAUUAAGGACUACUAAAGAUGGCUUAAGAGCAUGGGCUAUCUGGAGAUACAGCAUUGCAGGUGCUUUGGGGAAAAUUACCCAAUCCAUUCCUUUGAUGGCAGAUCACUUGGGGUGUCAAAACAGAAAAUCAGUAUUAUAUAUCUCCAGAUUUCUGGAGUAAAGGAGAAGACAGUUUCUCUGGGAGAAAAGAUUUGGAUUCCCAAAGCAAUCCAUAGAUUUUUUGGUUUAGUGUAAACCAACAGUCUUAGUCUUGAAUAAGAAUUCCAGUGUGUAUUGUGUAUACAUGAAGAGUAAUUAGUCUAAAGAUUCACUAGCCUCUAAUCUUAUUAAACAAGAGGCCACAGUCUGGCAAGCAAAAGAAAGAAGGCAAAAACAGAGAUCAUUUUUUGACUGAGCUUUUGUGAUAAUGUGUGUUAUGGUGGAAAUGCAGGAGUCAUUUUGGAUGGCCAGUGAUACGCAACACAGUAUCUUGGAUGAUGGCCAUGUGGAUGAUAGCAUCCCUCAUUUCAGAUCUACAUAGAAUUGGGCUGCACAGAAACAUGGGUCAGCCCUCAACCUUUUUAAGGGUGCCAUCCAAAGUUUCUACUGUAUGUAGGGAUGUUUACUGUAUAUAAUUUUUACUUCCGUAACAUUAGUUAAUAUGUAAACUUACUGGUUUUAUAUUAUUAGUUAAUAUAAAAAGCUUACACACAUUUGUUGAGAUAGGACAAAAGAGUAGGUUAGAAACAAUGCUGAGAAUUGUUUUAACUUAUUAUUCGCAUUAAAUGUACAGGUUAUAUUUUCUAUAAUAUUUGAAAGAGCUGCUAUCAAUUUAUGUGUACAAAUCAAAUGAUGCCAAAAUCGCUCAACAAAACUAUUCAUGCAUGUGAUGAUCGUCUACUGCAUUUGACAGCAUUUUAAAUGUUUGUUAUAUUCAUUGUGAGGAAGCAGCUAUGAUUCCAUCCACAUGCACUAAUAAUUUCUUUCUCUAUUUUUCAUGUGUCAACUGUAUGAAUGAAUAAAAGCCAUUUUCU